AUGACCAACGAAACAGGUGGAGAAGGCGAUUCAUGGAAGAUUCAUUUCUCAUUUACUGGACGCACUUCAAGUGCUCUCCAACAAAAUAACAAUAACCCUUCGAAUAAUUACUUCUGGGAGAGUACCACACUAGAGGAAAGCCAGCCAACAUCCUACAUAUACAUUUUGACACAAAUUUUCCUCCUGAAAGACAUUGAAACUUUACGACGCAUUGUACUGGACCCGGAAGAGAUUAACACGAUAGUAAAACAUAAGGAAACAGUUUUGGAAAGUCUUCACGAUUAUGAGCAGCUCGAAGAACUCCAAUUAUUAACAGAUAUUAGACAAGUCCCUGAUGUGAAAUGUAAUAUCAUCGACGGCAAAUGUUUUACUGUGGAGCUUCCAAUAACAGAUCUGAUUGACCCGGAUAAAAAUUUAAGGCGCUUGUUGAGAGAUUUGCAGACUUACUCCAAAACUGUCAGUAAAAGUAUCACUCGGCAGAUUGAAAGUAAAGAAAAGCUAUCAACACCAUCCUGGGAAAUUAUCCAGAUAGAUGGCGACUCUGACUUUUUACGCCAUCAAACGGAAAAAGAGCUUUGUGAAAAUCACGUCGACAAGCAAGACAGAUAUUCGAUAAUCCACGAUUUGUUCUCUAAAGAUGCCGACUGCUACUAUGAAGAUAGAAUCUGUGCUGUUGAGAAAAGAGGGACACCUAGGAUGACAGCAGAAGUGGCGGAUGCAGAUAAUACGGAUGUUAGCAUGACACCAGGCUGUCAUCCGAAUAUCACGCAAUCAUCUGUAUUCAAUACAGAAGUUUGCAACAAAAACUCAAGUGAAUUGAGACAUAAACGUGUCCUCAUUCAUGACAGUGAUGAGGAAUCUGGUUGUGAUGAGAAUAAUAAUUCAUUUGAUUGCAUCAAAAAAUCAACCAGAAAGAAGCGUGUCCUCCUCUCUGACAGCGAGGAAUCAGAUAGUGGCAAAAAUCACGGUACACAUAAUAACACUGAACAGUCAAGAAAGGUUAGAUAUAAACGUGUCAGAACUUAUGAUAGUGAUGAGGUGUCUGAUAGCAACAUAUAG